AUAAUAAAUUCUAAAACCCUAAUUCUAAUAGUGAAAAAAACAAUCACAUUCUCUCCUACAGGCUCGACCUACCCGACGUCAGGACUCAGUAGGUGUUUGCCAAGUCGAAGAAAUUUCUGUUUAGGAUCUGGCAUUCGUAAACUGUCUGUUGAUUUUCAUUCAUCUGAUUUUAUUUUAUUUUUUCUGUAAAGAUGGUUGAUUUCCUUUUCGACGAUUUUUUUUCGGUUGAGAGUCUAAACCCAAAUGGUGAAAAGUUUGAUAAAGUUACUAGAAUCGUUGCACAGAGCGAGAAGCAUGGCAUGUUGUUGCACCUAGAUGUGAAUACAGAGAUAUAUCCUAUGAAAAAAGGAGAUAGGUUCUUGAUGGUUCUGUCUCCCACCCUUAAUUGGAAUGGAGCACCUGUUAGUAGCUUCGAGAAUCAGGCUGAGCGGAAAUCUCUUGCUGACAAAUUUGAAUACAUUAUGCAUGGAUUGCUCUAUAAAUUGGCAGAAGAAGGCUCAGGGUCUGAGUUAAAAGUGGGGAUAUAUGUUUCUUAUGGUGGGCUUCAGAUGGUGCUGAAAGGGGAUCCUGCCUGUUGUACUAAGUUUAGGCAUGAUCAGAAGUUAUUCCUGCUUAUUAGAAAGGUCCCUUAUGAUUUUGUUGCAAAGUAAAGAGUUGGUGAUAGAUAGAAAGUUCUUAAUCAUAUGCUGUAAUGCACAUCUACACAAAAUUCCUGAUGUUUCAAUUGUAAUCCAUACACAUUUGUCCUCCAUUUUCAGUUUAGCCUUUAAAACAGUGUGUUAUGCAUUUGUUGGGAACCUUAGCCAAGGAUAAAGCAAUACAAGUCAGUCCUAGCAUCUUCAAUAAA